AUGACAUAUCCUCAAACCUCACAUCUCCAAACCACCUUCACCACUCCCGGAUUCAUCAGUCGAAGAUGCGAAGUCGUAUGUUCCACAACCCUAUUAUACCAGCUGCAAGUUCUAAAAACAACAGGAAGAUACGAUGAAUUUAAACUAAAAUGGCAUGCCUCCUACCACGACGAACCCGAUGUAUGGCCCGUACCUAACCAUUUAUUCUGGGACUCGGGUGUUGCGAAAUGGAUCGAGGGAGCGUGUUAUUUCCUACAAUACAAGAAAAAUAAGGAGAUAGAUACUGCGGUCCAAGAAUUGGUAGAUAUGAUUCGAUCUGCGCAGCAAGAAGAUGGAUACAAUGCGGGUCAUUUGAUCGAAGUAGCGCUUGCACAUAGUCAAUAUUAUGGGAAUGAUUUCUUGCUAGAACAGAUUCUGAACUAUGUAGAUUUGGUAUCAUCGAUAUUUGGCCCGAACCCAGAACAAAAACACGGAUAUCCUGGACAUCCCGAGAUUGAACUUGCUCUUUUGAGAUUGUAUGAGAAGACUGGAGAUUCGAAACAUCUGGAUUUGGCAAGAUAUUUCAUCGACGAGAGGGGAAAUCCAAAGGGGCAAGAUGGGCGACAUUAUUAUGAUGUGGAGGCGGAAGUAAGAGGAGACCGACCAGAUGAAAUGCCAAAAUAUUUUCCUGAAAAGCGAAGUUUUUGGUAUCAACAAGCACACAAACCAAUAGCUGAGCAAGAAACCAUUGAAGGCCAUGCUGACCGCGCAAUGUACUUAUUAACAGCCGUCUCUGAUCUCAUACGAAAUAACAUGGCGCAAAAGAAAAUGUACCUGACCGGAGGCAUCGGAGCCAUAAAACAAUGGGAAGGUUUCGGAAUCGAUUGUUUUCUCCCUUCCGGCACCGACGAGGGAGGAUGUUAUUCGGAGACUUGCGCAUCUAUAGGCGUCAUGAUGCUCGCCGAACGACUUUUACAAAUUGAUUUAGAUGCCAAGUAUGCGGAUAUCAUGGAAUUAUGUUUCUACAAUGCUGGCUCUAUUGGUAUGUUAGAUGAUGGAAGUAAAUUUACAUAUGCAAAUCAACUUGCAUCGAGCGAUACAGAUUUAUCCCGACGAGCAGACUGGUUUAAGUGCGCUUGUUGUCCACCUAAUGUUGCUAGACUUCUGGGUUAUAUUGGAGGUCAUCUCUGGACCUCCUCCAGUGACGAAAAGAAAAAUACAGCAGAAAUAAAUGUCCACACGUAUGCUUCCGCAGUAUUGAGUAUUCCAGUAGGUCGUCACACGGUGCAGCUUGAACAAAAGACCGAUUGGCCAUGGGACGGUAAUAUCCAAUUUGAGCUCAAGAGCCCCGAAGCAAUAACAACAACAAUCAGAUUACGAAUACCCGGUUGGGCGAAAGAUCGGACAAUAUCUCCCGAGUUUGAUCGAUACGCCUCAAAAGUAACCAAAGGGUACUUAACUCUCCCCCCGGAAUAUCUGAAAACAAACCUAUCCUUUCAACUCAACAUCACUCUGAAACCGCGAUUUAUAUCACCACAUCCAUACACAAACCAAAACAUCAUAGCGCUAGCUCGUGGUCCUAUAAUCUACUGCGUGGAAGAUUUCGAUAACCCAUGGAGUCUCGUUCUAGAUACAGAGUGUGAGAUAACAGAAACCGAUGUCAAUUCUGCGGAACCAUAUAAGGAAUUGACGGUCCGCGAUGGUGCUACACUGCUUAAAGUACCGGAAUCGUCAGGACCAUAUUUAGCCCAUAACAAGAACAAUUUUGCAAAGGUUGAUAUUUAA